AUGAGGUCCAAAUUCAAGGAUGAGCAUCCCUUUGAGAAGCGCAAGGCUGAGGCUGAGCGCAUAAGACAGAAGUAUCCAGAUCGUAUUCCCGUCAUUUGCGAGAAGGCCGACCGCACAGAUAUACCUACCAUUGACAAGAAGAAGUAUCUUGUGCCAUCGGAUCUUACUGUGGGGCAAUUCGUGUAUGUAAUACGGAAACGCAUCAAGCUCGCACCAGAGAAGGCCAUAUUUAUAUUCGUGGAUGAGGUCCUGCCGCCAACGGCGGCCCUCAUGAGUGCCAUAUACGAGGAACACAAGGACGAGGACAACUUCCUAUAUGUCAGCUACUCAGGAGAGAACACGUUCGGUACGGAGGGCUGGCUGGAAGUUUCGUCUGAUGCAUGA